GGAACUGUCCCAAUGUGAUAACAUCUUCCAUCUGUUUCUGACAUUUCCCUUAUCUCUUUUGUUUCUUCUUUGAGAAAAAAACAUGGUCAUCUACAUUCUAGUGAAAAAACAGAAAUAAAGAAAGAAAGAAAGAAGAAAUACAGUGCCUUCAUUCUAAUUGUUGAAAACAAUGCACACUGGUGGUUACACAGCAGAAGUUACAUGCUUAUCUCCUAAUGCAACUGAGAAGGAUGUUUAUGAUUUCUUCUCUCAUUGUGGUGCAAUUGAGCAUGUUGAAAUCAUCAGAUCUGGUGAAUAUGCAUGUACCGCAUAUGUAACAUUCAGAGAUGCUUAUGCUCUUGAAACGGCUGUAUUGCUCAGUGGUGCUACAAUAUUAGACCAACUCGUACACAUAUCAGCUUGGGGAACUUAUGGAGAGGAAUCUGAUCAGUGGAACAAUUCUUCAUGGAACCCUGAUGGACAUUCUAGCUCAACGCAGGUUUACUGUACAAAUCAAUUUGUUUCUUCCCCUAGCGAAGCUAUAACGGUGGCUCAAGAAGUUGUCAAAACCAUGCUAGCUAAAGGUUAUGUAUUAGGUAAAGAUGCAAUAAUCAAGGCCAAAGCUUUGGACGAGUCUCAUCACGUUUCAGCUACUGCAGCAGCCAAAGUUGCUGAGAUUAGCAAUAGAAUCGGGCUGACAGACACAAUUUAUGCAAGCAUGGAAACUGUUAAAACCGUAGAUCAGAAAUUUCAUGUUUCGGACAUAACCAAGUCAGCUGCUUUUGUUACUGGGACAGCAGCUGUAACAGCUGCAUCAGUAACUGGAAGAGCUGCCAUGGCAGCUGGUAGUGUUGUAGUCAACAGCACCUACUUUUCCAAGGGAGCUCUUUGGGUUUCAGACGUGUUGAAUCGCGCUGCUAAAGCUGCGUCUGAAUUAGGAAGUAACGGUGCUAAGUAAGUCUAAGACAAACACAUGAAGUACGAACAAUGUUCUGCAAUCUGUUUUCAUUUUAUAUUAAAAUGUACAAAUAAAAUCUCUUCUAAUUAUGGUAGUAUAAACCAUCCCAAGUUGAAAAUUA